UCAUCUCAUUCCUCUGCAGAUUUGUUUGUGUGAAUACGUGGAAACUAGCCACAAGGCACCUCCACUACAGAAACUCACCGAAUUCCACUUACGGGACAGCCUAGUGCGUGUAUGUCCGGUGACAGUGGGACGACACCCCCGCGGACGUGGUCAGUCGGCGUGUCCCGACCCAGUUGACGGACGGCUGAGCAGUCCUAUGAUACCUCCGCAACAUUUUCACCCGUUUUCCCCUCACAACAACGCCGCGCGGCCAACUUUUGACACGUUCACGCCACUAAGUCGCUGGGAAGUUGAAGACACCGCCAACAUGUCCGUGGCAGGCUUGAAGAAGCAGUUUUAUAAAGCGAGCCAGAUGGUGAGUGAGAAAGUUGGCGGUGCUGAAGGAACCAAACUUGAUGAUGACUUCAGAGAUCUGGAGCGGAAAGUGGACGUGACCAGUAAAGCUGUCGCAGAGGUGAUCUCCAAAACAUCAGAAUAUCUCCAGCCCAACCCUGCUUCAAGGGCUAAACUAUCCAUGUUGAACACCAUGUCUAAAAUACGCGGUCAGGUGAAGAACCCCGGCUACCCCCAGGCCGAGGGGCUUCUGGGAGAAUGCAUGACCAAGUAUGGAAGGGAACUUGGAGAGGAGACUAACUUUGGCGGAGCGCUCAUGGAAGUCGGGGAAGCCAUGAAGAGAAUGGCAGAAGUCAAAGACUCACUAGACAUUGACGUCAAACAGAACUUCAUCGAUCCGUUGCAAGGCCUCUGCGACAAGGACCUCAGAGAGAUUCAGCACCACCUCAAAAAGCUGGAAGGUCGCCGUUUGGACUACGACUACAAAAAAAAGCGUCAGGGCAAAAUUCCGGAUGAGGACAUCCGACAGGCCCUGGAGAAGUUUCACGAAUCGAAGGAAGUUGCAGAGACGAGCAUGUACAACCUGCUAGAGACCGACAUUGAGCAGGUGAGCCAGCUUUCGUCUCUGGUGGAGUCCCAGCUGCAGUACCACCGGCAGGCAGUUCAGGUCCUGGAUGAGCUGUCUGACAAGCUUGGAGAAAGGAUGAAUGAAGCCCAGUCCCGACCAAGACGCGAAUACACGCCCAAGCCCAAACCUUUGUUUGACUUCGGAGAAGACAACCACUCCAACGGGGGCUACUCCACCUCAAUGGCCCCGCCGUCUUCUCGCAACUCAGAGCCGUCAAUUCACUGGGCCAGAUUGUCUUUUCGGAAGAAAACAUUGUCCCCGGAGCAGCCUAGCUGCAAGGCGCUGUACGACUUCGAGCCGGAGAACGAGGGUGAACUGGGCUUCCGAGAGGGCGACAUCAUCACGCUGACCAAUCAGAUCGACGAGAACUGGUACGAGGGGAUGCUCAACAGCCAGUCGGGAUUUUUCCCCCUCAACUACGUGGAGGUGCUGGUUCCUUUGCCCCACUAAGGCAGGAGGGCGAGUGGGAGGGCGGGUAGCGAGCGAGGCCUCGGACAGACCCGGCGUGGUCCACACUAGAUCCUGGUCCAUAUGGAGGAUGGACUCUUGAAACCUCCCUCGAUUUUUAGACCGUGACAAAGCAAGCACGCAACGCUCAGGUUGACUCAAUGCUCCCCCCAUUUCAAAUCUGAGUGCCUCAGUGAUGACCCCUGCUGGCCACUCUGACAAUUGCCUUUUUAUCUGACUGAGGUAUGUAACCACACCAUCGCAGCCUGCCGCUUUUUAGUUCACAACCAAUGACACCUGUGGAAAGCUGCUUGAGCAUUUAUUCCGUAUGCCUGAUAUCUGACUUAAGAUCCAGGAUCUAGUACACCCUUUUCCCUUACUAGUAAGACAAGUGCGCUAGUAGAACAACUCUUUUUUUCCACUACUGUCUUUGAAUAUCAAGGAUAUCAACUAUUCGAUAACCUUGAUAUCCAGCUUAAUGUCCAUAUACGAGUACACUCUUUCUCCUCACUCAUUAGACAAUUAAGCAUACUUGUAGAAAGACUGUCUUACUCAGAAUACCUUUUCCACUACAAGUUCCACUUUUGGCCUACUAGUACACAUUUAAGCCUUACUACUCUGCUGCAGUAGUAACUACUAGGCCCAACUAGUAGGCAUCUUUCACGCACAAAUAGCCUCGUCGCUGUGGAGGCUUUGUAGAGAACUGUAUGUGUGAAUAAUUGACUAUGAAGGGCAGUCCAGAUUGCCACCCCUCACAACUUUGUGUCAGCGAGGAUGCAGGAAUUAAUAAGGCAGGUGCUGAGUAAAUAGGCGGCAGCGACAUUGCUGGUAUAUUCGCUUAUCUCCAAACGUAUGGAUGCGUCUGUGGGCGUGGUCUGUGAGACUCCCGCCACAAAAGGGCGAAGGAAACCACAUAGGAGCCGAAAAGCCAGCGUCGCAAAAAACUCGGCAUCUCUUACCCUCUCUCGACCGUGACAACCAGGACCCACUUAAGAGUAAAAUAAUACAAAAUGUUUAAAAAACAUAUUAGCAUACCAAACUUGACGAGUCUUUUGUGCACUCCUUAUCAAGGAUAUCAAAUAAAUGCUCUAUUUAAAUGCCUUUCUAUAAAGGCUUUCUUGAUAUCCAUCUUAAGGGCCAUGUACUAGUAGGCUCUUUGUCCUCAUUAGUAAGACACACUAGUUAGUAGGUGCCAGUCAGUAGUUAGUAGGGUGCGCUGUGUUGCUGUCAUCACGGGGCUUUUUUUGAUACGGAUUGUUCUGUCUUCUGCUCAACCCCUCUCUCCUGUUUUCUCUAGCUACCCUCUGUCGCUCUUCUUCAAACCAUUUCAACUCAACAAUUGAGCUCACUAGUAGAAUGACUAUCUUACUAGAAAUGUAUUUUCCAUUCCUUCUGCCACUUUUGGCCCAAUACUAUGCAGUUAAACCUUACUACUAAACCACUAUGUUGCACUUGUGACACUACUAGGAUGCACUUGAAGGCAUGUCAUGCACUACUAGUCUCCUGGACGCUACUAGCAGCACCAAAAUGCCCACUAGUUGCGUUACCUCACUAGAACAAGUAUUUGUCCUACUCGUAUGCCAAUGUUGUCCUAAAAGUGUGUAGAAUAAUCAUACAGUUGUGGAAAAUUUUUUUACUAGCAAGAUAUUCUUUACUCGUGUGCUGAAUUGUAGUCAAGACAAUGGGUGUACUACUACAUGGACCAAUCAAAGGAUAUGGAAUUAAAUGCUCAAAGGACUUUCCAUAGCCACUUUGCCUUCAGUGUGUUGUCUUUUAAAGGUUUAGUCUCCAGUGUUUUUUUAAAAGUAUCUCAGUGGUGCCGGUUUCACUCGACACAUGCACGUUGUCCAUUUUGUUUCACUGUGCGUCCUGACCCGUUGUAGAGCACGGCCGUAUAACCCACGCAGUGCCUGAAAGGACGGCGCUGCAGGCAGCGCUUUCGUCUUUCUGUUCGUAAUGUGAAACUCCCGCGUCCCACUAUAGUUAUUGGGGAAAGUAGAAAAGUCCCCCUGGUGUCCUUCACUCUGCUACCUAUCGGGUUUUUGACUUGGUGCACUUUGACUGUUCCCAUGCUCUUAAUACAAGUGGAAACACCAAAGUGGAACGACCCAAAAGUGGUGCAAAGUUGGAGUUCAACCACGCCCCCAAAAUAUUUUGUUUUUGUGGUGGGGAAAAAAGUGUGACUAGAACCACAGUACACGAAAUGGAACUUUCUGCCCCAUUGGAAAGGGUCUGCUCAGUACAUCAGCAGUUCAAAUUCCCCUAGUACAGGAGAUACGUAUCGUUCCAGACCUACUUAAGGUCGGUAGAAAUUUGCGUGAUAGCGGCCAUAAACCAUGUAAAAAAAAAAUAAAAAUAAAUAAAAAAUAAAUUUUUUAAUAAUUUGAUCACUCGUAUAUAUUUUGAACAGUUUUAAUGUGAAUAGAAUCUAAUUAAAACACACUUUUUAAUGUAUUCCUUAGUGACUGUUCUGUUAAGAAAUUGGAGACUAUUGUAUAACAUCACAUUGAGGAAAUUAAAAGAAGACUCGCUUGCGCGUUUUUCCAAAUACUGUGCUGGCUUCAAGCUGUUCGUCACUCCCAGUUGAAGUUCACAUAAGAGAGUGAAACGUAUUUAAACACCAAAAUCUUCAACCAAACCAUGUAAUUUUGUUUUAUGAAAGUCCAUUAGCUUAAUGCUAAAUUAUGAUGCGAAGGGCCAUAGACGUUCGAACAAAAAUUAGCAUUGCCAUUCCAAUAAUAUACCUUAUGCACGGCAAUGCUUUCAGCAUUUUCAGUGUAAAGGUCAGAUGACAUAACAGUUUCCGCUGUCAGUAUUUUACUGGGAUGCCAUCUGAUCUGAUAAUCUGCAAAUUCGCCAAUACUGAGCCACAAAUAUGCAUGGUUCACAUAACGUGAUUUCUUAUGGGCAGAACAGAUUGUGUUCCACUUUGGAGGUUCCACUGUACAAUAAUUCAUUUGCGUAUAGUUGAGGACUCCAACAACGGUCAAAAGGAAAACAUCAAGGGAAUGCUUUGAUAUGCAAUGUUUCUUUAACAUUUGUCUCUCUCUCUCUCUCUCUUUUUUUUUUUUUUUAUAAAAUCUCCCUUUUUUUAAAAAUCAGUGUCUGUCCGUUUAUCGCCCCCAGAACCAUUCUGCCAGUGUUUUGGACCUUGUCUAAUAUGUUUACAAGUGGUAUCCUAGCACUGUGGAUGGAGUUUUAGUUGUUUAAAAACUUGUUUUGGAACAGGGAAGGUGGGAAACCAAAAGACUGACAUGGUCGCUACUUAACAAAUGAGCCACAAUUUAUUUUCAAUUUUAACCCGUGGCACUUUUGCGCUCGUGCACAUUGCGGCACAUUUACAACACUACAGGCCGUUUCCUCACACACACGCAUACAUGCACAUGUGGCAUAUUUUUUUAGAUUAGUUUCAAAAAGUCCCAUUCAUUUCCUGGAUGUAAAGUGCUAUGUUUUGUUUAGUAUGUCUUAAAUAUUCCACUGAAUCGUAUUAAACAUAUUCAGCCUCGCAGUAGUAUUAUUUUUAUAUCCAAACCCAUUUUAAAAAUGCAUUUAGUCCUUUAUUAUAUUAAUUAUUGUUGUACCCUGUAAAUGUUAGAUAUGUCACCUUUAUACUUUUGGUAUGAAAACUGAACAAUACCUUUGUCCUUUAUUAUCAAUAUUUGUAUGUGCUUCUUUCCUGACCCUCCCCACUUACAAUAAACAAAAGACAAAAAAAGUGAA